AUGCCAAAGAAAAAGACAGGGCAGCGAAAAAAGGCUGAAAAGCAAGCUGAAAGACAGCGAGACAUCAGAUCCUCAGAAAGAGGGCUAGCAAUACAUCCCUGUAACUCGCUGAUAGAAUGCGAUCAAUGCGGAAAGCAACAGAAAAAUCGAGCUUUUUGCUACUUCUGCAAUCAUAUUCAAAAGACAGUGGUCUGCGGAAGCUGUGGAAUGACAAAGUGUAUGAAUAGAUCCCCAGGAGGAUGUCUCGUCAAACACGGUGCAAAUUAUAUUACUGGCGUGAAAAUUGCCGGCGCCAUUUGUGAUCAUUGUGAAACGUUUGUCUGCCAUGGGAGGGAUUGUAUACAAAAGCAUGGCUGUGCUUGUCCGUUGAUUGAUGCUGUCUGUAUUGAGGUGGAGUGCGAAAGAGGGGUGUGGGAUCACGGAGGGCGAAUGUUCAAGUGCUCCUUCUGUUGCGGCUAUCUCUGCGAAGAUGAUCAAUUCGAGCAUCAAGCCAAAUGCCAAGUCCUCGACGCUGAAAACGACAAAUGUGGCUCUUGCAAUAAAUUCGGCCAGUGGAGCUGUCUCAAGUGUAAAAUUUGCUUCUGUGAUGAUCAUGUUCGGCGAAAAGGAGUCAAGUACGCGAGGGAUGAAAAGUUCCCGUGUCCGAAGUGUGGAUUUGAGUGUAGAGAAACAAAGGACUUGGCGAUGAGCACUAGGAGUUACAAGUUCGGCCGAAAGGCGAAUACAGAGGGCGAAGAGUCGACCUUUUCUUACGGCGGAUACACAGUUCAAGUCCAGCGACAGGUGUACUCCGAUGAAGAAGAUUAUGAAGACGAUCUCGUGCAGGGAAUGACAUCGAUGAAUCCUACGGACUUUCAGUACGGUUAUCAUGGACAAUAUGACGAAGAUGAAGAUGAAGAAUAA